UCUCUCUCUCUCUCUCUCUCUCUGUCUCUCUCUCUCUCUCUGAGGAUGAGGAGCUGAACAGACUCGGAUGCUGAGAAGACUGUAAUGAUCCCAUUCAGAGACGAGAGCAUGACGGGGGUGCUGAGACCCAGCAAACAGAAACCCGGUGUGAAGCGUUCUCGCGGUGAGCCUUACAGGGUUUUCGAUUACCAGCACGUGCCAAUCUCUGUGACAAGCAUCCCAUGUGACUUCACGCCCUUUCAACAGCCGUGUUCAUCUCCAGCUUCUACAGACCUGCGGAGAAGCAGAGAAAAACCUCAGAGCAGACACAAGUCCAGAAACAGAGCAGCUCAACUAAGAAUGGAGGAGUUGCUGUGUAUUAAGAAAGAACUGACAGUGAUUAAAUCACAGAUAGAUGGGUUACUGGACAAUCUGGAGCGGAUGGACCCAGAAAGACAAGAGUCAUCAGGGCGAGGUGUGGCGUACUCUCCGCUCCACGGUUCUGUGAGCAGUGUGGACGGGUCAUCCGGUGACACCCCUCCUCUGAAGACAGACGAAGAGACACAGAGUCCACAGACAGCAGACAGCAGUGAUGAAGACAGACAGCAUGUUAAUGGCUAUGAAUCACAUUUCCUCUACAUGUGAAGAUCAGAUUGUAAACUCACAAACAAGAUGUUUCAAGAACUACUAAAGCAAAGCGAGGAGAUGGAAGACAAGAAAUACAGGAGGAGAUGGAGCAUUUCCACAUCAUCUAUCAUCUGCUGGAAUUAAACUCAACAUGAACGCAGAGCUGAAAGAUUUCUGUAUAUAUGAAAAUGAGUCAGUUGUUAAAUGCUGGACUGAUUUUUUAAGAAUCUUUUGAUCAUUUAUUGAGCUUGAAGUGUUAGAAUCCGGUUUACCAGAUCUGAAAUCUGGAAUCUGAGGUGACUAAUGAUGUAGCAGGUCGUUUCAACACAUUUAAUGUUUUUACAGCAUGUCAAUGAAGAUACUACAUUAGAUCAAGAUGAUAGAAGGUGCUCACACACAGCGAUAUGCCAUGUGAUGCACAAAAACACACUUUAUAGUUUAGACAAAUGUCUAAAUGGGUCUUGAAGACCUACAGUAUUUCACACAAUAUUUCAGAAUAAUGUUUGAUCACGGAAAUUGUAUAAAUAUUUCAUAAUUUUUACUUGUUAAUUUAUUUUGAUAUUUAUAUAAAUUCUUCUAAAUGAAUAUGUCAUAGUGUAAUACAUAAAAUGGUCAAAUUGA